AUGCCCUGCGCCUCAGCUUCACUCCCUCCUGCCCAGUGCCUGCUUUUCCUGGGUCUGGAGGGAAGGUCCCGGCCUCUGACAUCCCGGCCCCCCACCCUGGACCACUGGCCACGGCUGGGGUCCCCUGAGGCUUCCUGCCACCGCGAGGUCUCAGAGGAGCAGGGAGAGGCUUCUGAGUCCCAGUCCCCAGCCUAUUCAGUACUUAACAGCCUGGUGAGCCCAGCCUGUAUCUUCCUGCGGCCCAGCAUCGCAGCCACCCAGAUUGACAGGGAGCUUCGUCCAGAAGAGAUAGAAGAACUACAGACCGCCUUCCAGGAGUUUGACCGAGACAGGGACGGUUACAUCGGCUACCGGGAGCUGGGGGCCUGCAUGCGCACUCUGGGCUACAUGCCCACCGAGAUGGAGCUCAUCGAGAUCUCCCAGCAGAUCACUGGGGGGAAGGUGGACUUCGAAGACUUCGUGGAGCUGAUGGGCCCCAAAAUGCUGGCGGAGACGGCGGACAUGAUUGGCGUCAGAGAGCUGCGGGACGCCUUCCGGGAGUUCGACACCAAUGGCGACGGCCAGAUCAGCCUGGUGGAGCUGCGGGCGGCCCUGAAGGCCCUGCUGGGAGAGCGGCUCAGCCAGCGCGAGGUGGACGAGAUCCUGCACGACACCGACCUCAACGGGGACGGGCUCAUUGACUUUGAAGAGUUUGUCCGGAUGAUGUCCCGCUGACCCGAGCCACCUGCAGAGACCCCCGAGGGCAGCAGCUUCAGGCCUGGGAGGCGGCUCAGCCGCACCCAGGGGUCACCAAGUGCCGCUCCUGGGGCCUGUCCGGAAGCUUCUUCCCUUCCCCUUGAUCUAAAACCCCGGGCCUGUGUGUAAGCUUCCCCGACUCCUCCACACUCCCCACAAUCCUUCCCCCAAAGCCCCUCUAUCUGUCUGUGUGUCCCUCCCCAUCCCCACCCUCACCCCUCACCAUAAAGUUUCUGGAUGUCUGACCCCAAGGGACUCCUGCCUCUUCUUUGGAGACUGACUGAGGGCUUGGGGCUCGAUUGGGGGAAGGUCUCAGGGAGACUUGGGACCAAGAACAGUGACCUUUAACCAUGUUCCGUGCUUUGACUCCCCCUUGCUGGGUUACC